UGCUACAGCCGGAGCUGGGCGGUGGCGGGCGCUGUCCGUGGAGCGUAGCCCGGUCCGAGACGGUGGCGCAAUGGAGGGGCUGGAAGAAAAUGGAAGCGUCCAAGUUGGAGAAUUGUUACCUUGCAAGAUUUGUGGAAGAACGUUCUUUCCAGUAGCAUUAAAAAAACAUGGACCCAUUUGCCAGAAAACUGCCACUAAAAAACGGAAGACUUUCGAUUCAAGCAGACAAAGAGCUGAAGGAACUGAUAUUCCGACAGUAAAACCUCUUAAGCCUAGGCCAGAACCACCAAAGAAGCCAUCUAAUUGGAGAAGAAAACAUGAAGAAUUCAUUGCCACUAUAAGAGCAGCUAAAGGACUCGAUCAAGCACUUAAAGAGGGUGGCAAACUUCCACCUCCUCCUCCACCUUCUUAUGAUCCUGAUUAUAUUCAAUGUCCAUAUUGUCAGAGGAGGUUCAAUGAAAAUGCAGCUGAUAGACAUAUAAAUUUCUGCAAAGAACAGGCAGCACGAAUAAGUAAUAAAGGAAAAUUUUCUACUGAUACCAAAGGAAAACCAGCCUCUCGGGCACAGUUUAAGCCACCUGCACUUAAAAAAUCAAAUUCUCCUGGAACUACGUCAUCAGGAUCUUCACGAUUACCACAACCCAGUAGCACUAACAAAGCUGUUGUAGGUGCGCCUUCAGGUAAAGUGUCUUCAGUUAGCAGCUCUUUGGGAAACAAACUUCAGACCUUAUCUCCUUCCCAUAAAGGGAUAGCAGCCCCUAAUGUAGGUAAGAUGGACAAGUUAGGCCCUCCACUUCGAACUGGAAGAGAUGUGCAAAGGUUAUAUGACAGUGAUACAAAAUCAAACAGUGCCAUCAAAAGACAUGAGUUAUUACCCAUUUACAAAGCUAACAUCAAACCUCGAAGUUCCACACCACCUAGUUUGGCAAGAAAUCCUGCCUCAGGUGUGCCUACAAGCAAAAGAAAAACAUAUACUGAGAGCUACAUAAGCAGGCCAGAUGGAGACUACCUAUCUUCACUUAAUGAUGGAAACAUUAAAAGCAGUGAAGGAAAUUCAUCUGGACACUUACCAAAAUUCUGCCAUGAGUGUGGGACCAAAUACCCUGUAGAAUGGGCAAAGUUCUGCUGUGAAUGUGGCAUUCGAAGAAUGGUUCUGUGAACACAGUCCAAGGUCCAGAGUUGUACAAUGAUAGCUGCUUGGAUGCUGGAGCGCUUCCUCUAGUUAUUUUGUGCUGAAAACACUCAAAAUACCUUUUUCAGUAAUUUGGAGCAUAAUUGUUUGGCUGUGUAAUGUGUGUGUAUAUAUAUGUGUGUAUAUAUACUGUAUAUAAUAAAUGGCUGAUACCCCAUUCUGGAAAUGUUCACUUAACCUGUCAAGAUAAUUUCAAAUGGAAUCAUUAACUUAGAUAUUAAUUUUUUGGUGGUGGCGUGAAACACAUUAAGUAUACUUCCACAAACCCAAACUCUAGUCUUCGCCCUUCAGCCUUUAGGAUAAUCAUUACCUUGAGCAAAAAAAUCAGAGUUUUUUGUUUUUAUUGGUGCCUAUCUUUGAAUGCAAACCCUGGUGGCGUAGUGGUUAAGGGCCACAGCUGCUAACCCAAGGGUCGGCAGUUUGAAUUCGCCAGGUGCUCCUUGGAAAGUCUACAGGGCAGUUUUACUCUGUCCAAUAGGGUCGCUAUGAGUCGGAAUCGACUUGACGGCACUCGGUUUGGUUUUUUGGUUUUUUUUUUUUUUUUUUUAAAUCUUUGAAUAGUAUCAUAAUAGGAUGGGAUGUUGGAAUUUUGUAUUUGAAGAUAAUAUUUUUAGUCACAAAUUGCUGUGUGAGAUCAUCUUCCUGCAGAGCUCUUGAACACCCUAAUUUUAAUGAGUCUUAGAAAAUGAGAGCCAAAACAAAAAACAAAAAAAAACCAUGAGAUCUGUGUUAUCCUUUAUUUAGGAUAUUAUUAGUUAAAUAAUUUCAAUGUUCUUAUUUUUUGAAAAUGUAAUUAUGCAAUUUCCUUUCCAGAGAGACAAAUAAAAAUACAAAUGUAUCUUAUUCUAUUUAUAACUGAUUUUUAAUUCUUUGGAUGAGUUAAACAUACAUUCUUUCUACUUUCAAUUGUGUCUCCAAAUUUCACGUUUUUACUUCUUUCCCUAACCUCAUAUCUGAAUAGUAGCCUUAAUAUACUAAUUCAUUAUUUGCAAAAUAUGAAAAUAUAAUUAUUGAAUGUACAAUGCACAAAAUUCCUUGCAAAAUCUUACAUGUUGAAAAUACAUUUUCUUUCUCUAUGUCUAAAUUUAGAAGAAAUUGUUUUAACAGAUUUUAAAACAGACCACCUCAGCUAAUAAAUAAUAAUUGUGGAAAUUAAUCACUAAUGCAGGGCAUGCAGGUAAAAAGUGUUUGAAUUUUAGUUCCUUGAAGUACAGUUAGAUGUAGCUAUGAGAAGGUUAUUAGAAUGUCUAAUAUUUCCUACUCAUAUUCUGUAGUGUUUAGUGUUGAAACACCAUUUAAAUCACAAUAAAAAGCCAAUUAAAAUGUAUUGUUAUAGUGUGUAGUUGCUUUGUUAUAUAAUUAAACAUACACAUUUACUGUUCCUCCUUAACUAUGACUAAAUCCAGCUUUUAGUCAUUGUCGUUCACAGUGUACCGUAGUGUUCAGUGAUAGGUCUCGCUGAUUGCUUACGCAGCCGUAUUCGGUAAUUCCGCAGUAAUUUCUGGUCAGUCAAACCUGAGAGCGCUUGGAUCUCCUUUUCAAGGUACAAACGUAUCUUUUAUAUUUUAGGCAAUUUCUAAUUCUUGUUUGUGAUUGCAGUCAGCUAUUAGGGUCAACACGGAAAUUUGUGGCUUAGAAUGUUCUGACUCUGAAAUUGAUUUAUGCUUAUACUUUAUAAUUUUAUUUAUUCAUUGGUAUCUUUUUUUUAUGUGUGGGCAUGGGAGUAUAGGCUUAGUGGUAAUGGGGUUGUCCUUUUACAUGCCUUAUGAUUUUUGAUUUUUGUUAUGUGGUUUUUAUUUGUUUUUUCUGGUUGUUACUCAAUCAUGUUGAUCCAAAAUAAAUAAUAAAAUAAUAUUGGUCUAACAACUAGAAUACACUGCAAUAAAUUUAGGAGACUAGUAUACAUAUGGAAAUCCUGGUGGCACAGUGGUUAAGAGCUACAUCUGCUCCCCGAAAGGUCAGCAGUUCAAAUCCACCAGGUGCUCCUUAGAAACUCUAUGGGGCAGUUCUACUCUGUCCUAUAGGGUCGCUAUAAGUUGGAAUCGACUGUAUAGCAAUGGAUAAUGGGUAGUAUACAUAUUAGAAUUCUAUUUCAAUAAUUUUUGUUUUUUUGUCCUAAUUGUUAUAACUUAUCUGAAGAAUAUUUAACUUUUAUCUAGAACUGAGCACUAAUUUCUUUCAAGUAUUGUUUUUAAGAUGACGUGAUUUUUUUUUUUUACCUGCAAAGGAAGGGGUGGCUAAACGAGUUCGCAUUUAGUAAACUGGCACAGGUUUCUCACUGAAUUUUACAGUAGCUAAUAAAUGUUUGAUUGUGCUACAUGGAAAAUGAGUUGGUAAGAAAUCAUCUAAUUUCGAAUCGCAGAGGUUAUUAUAAACAGUAGAGAGGUGAACUAUUUAUGAAUUAUGAAACAUGACAAUGUAUUUAUAUGCAUUUUUAUAUUAUUUUCACAUUAUCCUCACAUUGAUUUCUUGUGCAAUAGUUUGGUUUUUAAGAAAUUUUCCUAGAUACAUGCAUCAUUUAUUUAUUUUCCUCCAAAAUACUUGUCAGUGUUAUAGAAUAAAAAAUGAUUUUAAGCUUAAAUUUAAAAUGUAGAAGUUGCUUAUAUAUUAUUCUGAAAGCUAUUAGCUAGAAAAAAUAAGAUUAUUGUGACUACUGUUGUCUCUUGUCCAGUAUAUAUAUUUUUUAAUUACAAAUAAUGUCUUCAUUUUUGAACCUAUUCAAUAAAGACAUGAAGCAUAAAAAUGCCAA